AUGAACUUUUUUCAGGACUACGGCUUUGUUAAUGAAGGAAUGAGUUGUCUUGAACAAGACAUGCUGGGCCAGGCUUUUGAAGAUGCUUUUGAGGUAAUGCAGCAACAUUCAGAUGGUGGGCUUCAGUAUUCUGCAGAUUAUAAAAGUUACUUGACUUUCAUCAACCAUUAUCCUCAUGUCAGAGCAAAUCCCAACUGCUUUGGAGCCCCACUUGCAGAAGAACCAGGAUAUAAUUGGAGAACCAUAAUAAAUAGUGCUACAGACUUCUAUUUUGAGGGAAACAUCCAUCACAGUCCACAGAGCAUUUCAGAGAACCAGGUAAUACAUCCUGUCUCCCAGCAAAAAGGAGGAAGAGGUAGAAAGAAACUCCGUCUGUUUGAGUAUCUCUAUGAAUCUUUAUCUGAUCCUGAAAUGGCAGAGUGCAUCCAGUGGGUAGAUCAGUCGAGGGGAGUGUUCCAGUUUGUUUCAAAGAACAAAGAGAAGCUUGCAGAGCUCUGGGGGAAGAAAAAGGGCAACCGCAAGACUAUGACUUACCAGAAAAUGGCCCGAGCCCUGAGGAACUAUGGGAGAACUGGGGAAAUCAUUAAAAUCCGGAGAAAGCUGACCUACCAGUUCAGUGAUGUUGUCUUACAAAGACUCUCACCGCCUUAUUUCCUGGGGAAAGAAAUCAUCUACACGCCGUGUAUUCCACCUGACCAAGACUACAUCAACUUAAAUAACUGGACCUGCAACUAUAGUUACAUGAACAACAGUGACCUUGAGCUGAGCCAUGCUGACAACUAGAUAUGCUGGACUGAUAGGGUUUCAGAAAAGCUUAACUCUCUUCUCAAAGCAUAGAGCUCUUUGGAGAAAAAGGAAAUUCCAUUUAUAAUGGCCCAAAAUAUUAAUGCUAAGUCUGCAACUAAUCAGCACAGAAGACUCAUCGACUGAUUCUGCUAACAGACUAAGAGAAUGAGAAAUGUUGAAAUCUGGUCGCAUUUGGAAUACACUUAUACCUAGCCAGGCUUGUUCCACUAUACUAUCUUUGUGUUCUUUUUGCCCUCGCUGCCAUACAAUACCUGUAAUUGGUUUAAAAGUUGAUUAUUUUCUAAACAUCACCUUCCCUUUA